AUGCUAGCAACCUCGACCCGGCCGGCGACACAUCACACCGUGACGGCGCUGAAGAGAUGGUCAUGUGACGACAAGCAUCUUCCUGCUGUGUCGGAAAUCAAGGCCAUCCAUGUCUACGACUUUGACAAUACUUUAUUCGCCAGCCCUCUCCCGAACAAACAGCUAUGGAACAGCGCCACGAUUGGUCAGCUGGGCUCUCCCGACAUGUUCCUCAACGGAGGCUGGUGGCACGACUCAAGUAUUCUAGCCGCGACUGGCGAAGGCCUCGAAAAGGAAGAAGCACGCGCUUGGCAAGGCUGGUGGAACGAACAGAUUGUCGAGCUGGUGGAAUCAUCAAUGGCCCAGAAAGACGCCCUCAGUGUGCUACUGACCGGCCGCUCAGAGUCCAACUUCAGUGACCUCGUUAAGCGUAUCGUGCGAAGCAAGGGCCUGAACUUUGACAUGGUUUGCUUGAAGCCAGCCAUCGGGCCCGCAGGCCAGAAGUUUAGGAGUACCAUGGAAUUCAAGCAAGAGUUGCUCAAGGAUAUCGUCUACACAUACAAGGAUGCCGAGAAGCUGAACAUUUACGAGGACCGAGUGAAGCACACCAAGGGCUUCCGCGACUUCUUCUUCCAGUUCAACGAGGAUCUGAUGAGGGCACAAAACCACUCGUCACGUCAACCCAUCACCACCGAAGUCAUACAGGUACCCGAGAAUGCGACACAACUCGACCCGGUUGCUGAAAUCGCGGCCAUCCAGAAGAUGAUCAACGCGCACAACAUACAGGUCAAGGCCGGUAGCGUUCCGCCGGGUACACCGCCCUACCAAAUCAAGAAGACGGUCUUCUACACUGGUUACAUGAUACCUUCCGAUGUGACGGAGAAGUUGACUUCCCUUGUCUCGUUACAACAAGGAGGUCCGAAAGACGACAUCAGAUUCCUCGCCAAUAGCAUACUUAUCACACCAAAGCCAUGUCCAAGGAGUAUUCUGGAAAAGGUUGGCGGUAUUGGAGCAAGAGUCAGAUGGAAGGUGACGGCCAUCUCUUGCUUCGAGAAUAAGCUCUGGGCAGCAAGGGUCGAGACUGUGCCCAAAGGGACCAAAUUCUACUCUGAGAAUCCAGUACCGACCGUGGUCCUCGCCAUUCGGAAAAAUGGCAGACCAGCAGAUGCCGCACGCAUCGUCAACUGGCAUCCAGUGACUCAAGAACAGGCCAUCGAAUUCGAUAGUGUUGUAGGCGAGAAGCAGAUGUUACGCAUAGAGGAAGAGACUGCCAACGAGAGCGAGUACGAGAGCUACUUUCCCAACAAGUCUCACCGCAGGGAAGAUCAGAAUGGUCGCAAUGACAACUACCGACCAAACAACGGACGAGGAGGCAGGGACAAAGAUGAUCGACCAGGGGGUUACCGUGGCGGCAACCGAGAUCGCGGUCGGGGUGGAAAUAGAAAUCCACCUUUCAUUCCAAGGGGAGGGGCUCGUGGUGGCCACCGUGGUGAUCGUGGUGGUGGUGGCGGCGGCGGUGGAGGUGGACGAGGACGCGGUCGUGGUGGAGGUGGGCAAUCGCAGUACAGGAGCUUGGACGACGUCGAUAACGGCUAUGGGAACCGAGGCCAUGACAACAACCCGAAUGCAUUCUACUAG